ACAGCCACAGCAGUGCAGGAUGCCAGCCACAUCUGUGACCUACACCACAGCUCAUGGCAGUGGCAGAUCCUUAACCCACAGGGAGAGGCCACAGAUCCAUCCUGCAUGUUGGAUACUAGUCAGAUUCGUUUCUGCUGCACCACAAUGGCAACUCCCAAUACCAUGUUUACAAAGCAUUUGCAGUUUCAUCUCCUGAAAAUAACUUUUGUCCUACAACCUGAAGUUCUUUGAGGCUCUAAGGGCUGACUUCUGAUGCCUUACAGUGUCCUGAAAGCGUCCUGUUUCCUUGUAUAACAUGGAUCGAGUCCUGUUUUUUGCAGGCACUGUGCUAUGUACUUUACAUACCUUGCCUCAUUUAAUCAUAUUAACCUAUUAAAUAGGUAAUAGAAAUAUCUCCAUUUUACAGAUGCAGAUCCUAAGACUCAUAAACUCAUAAACUCAUACUGAGUUGCCCACAGUAAAGCUAUGAGGUAAACAUAGUGCACGGGGUACAUGUGUGUCUACAGCACACCACCACACUGUGCUGUCUCCAGUUGAAAAACAAUGCUCAGUUUAUACCUGUAAGAGAGACUAAACAGCUCUUCACUUAUUUAUAAAAUAGUGAACCUUGCAGAUGUGCGCUGCCCACAGGCUGUAGCCACUGCCCUGGCUUUUACCACACGUACAGUUUAUAGAGUUCUCACACCUGACAACACUUCUGCCGUAGCAUUGUGACUGUCCGCAGGAGACGGUCUAUCUCUGCCUUCAGCUCAGUUUUUGGAAAUCAAAUACUGACUUUACAUGGAUGAAAUAAAAAGUCUGACUGGCAAAGUAUCCCUUUCUUCUUGACCAUCCUUUUUCCAGUCCCCUCUUGGACCAUAAGGGAUGGGCUGUUUCUUUGAGCUGCUGAUAUAUUCUGCUAGGCCACUCAGAAAUGAAAGCUGGGGAAGGAUGGAUUCACCUGUCUUAGUUGCCGGGACUUUAGCUAAGGUGUUCUGUGGAGGCCACUUCUAAUAGCUGAAUAUCCUUUUGCUUUAAAGUAUUUUAAUAUCUUGACUCUUGCUUGGAAGAAGGGUGAAACUGAUGUCUUUGUUGAUGAUGAUGGGAUUAUACCUUCCAGCUUCCAUUCUCAUGUGGUUAUUUGUUCUUCAAUCUUAAUCGCUUAAAAAAUCAGUUUCUGGGAAUUUCUGUCAUGGCUCAGCAAUAAUGAACCCGAUUAGUAUCCUUGUGGUUGCAGGUUUGAUCCCUGGCCUCGCUCAGUGGGUUAAGAAUCCAGCAUUGCCGUGAGCUUUGGUAUAGGUCGCAGACUCUGCGUUGUUGUGACUGUGGUGUAGACUGGCAGCUGUAGCUCUGAUUCAACCCCAGCCCAGGAACUUUCAUAUGCCUCAGGUGUAGCGCUAAAAAGAAAAAAAAAAUAAUAAUACGGUAAAACAGAAGUCCACAUUUUUCUUUUUUUUUGGUCUUUUUGCCUUUUCUAGGGCCGCUCCCACGGCAUGUGGAGGUUCCCAGGCUAGGGAUCGAAUCAGAGCCAUAGCCACUGGCCUACGCCAGAGCCACAACAACACUGGAUCCGAGCUGCGUCUGCAACCUACACCGCAGCUCACAGCAACACCAGAUCCUUAACCCACUGAGCAAGGCCAGGGAUUGAACCUGCAACCUCAUGGUUCCUAGUCAGAUUCGUUAACCACUGCGCCAUGAUGGGAACUAGCACAUUUUUCUUUUAAAAUAAGUUAGGAGUUAAUCACUAAAUUGAGAGGAACACCAUGAUUUUAAAAUCCUGAAGUGGAAGAUUUGGCUUGUAAAGUCCUACUGUGAGUAACUUUGCCUGCCCCCGCCACCCCCCUCCCUGCCUUCCUUCAAUGACAACAGCCUUAUCUUUUCCUGUUUAUUUACCUAGAUAGGAAAAGUAAUUGCAUUUUGACUAAAUUUCUCGUUUAAGCAAAUGCCAUCAAAGUGGCAUAAUCUCAGUCAGUGUUUCCCUCCUCACGUUUGUGUUGUCUCAUGAACUUGGCGUAUUUGGUAGCUUGUGGUCUGCUUAUUGCAAAUACCUCACUGCCAGUUAUAGAGAUAACAAAGAAACAGCCUCUGAAUUGCCCUUCAUGCAGAGCAAGUCUUUCUUUUGGAGCGAACUCUAACAGAGAUAAUAUCAGACAGCUCAAAGUAAGGAACUCAUCUCUCUUACUGAUGAUUAUAUUACAUGAAAGACCAAGGUAUGAUUUCAUACAUUACUCCCUUUCAUUCAUUGCUUAAAAAUCUACUUCAUACAACAUCUGAGAUGUUGCAGAUAUUUGUAUUCUAAGGACAGGGUUUUCUAAACAGUUUUUAAAAAACUAAUUUUUCUGUACAUAUUUGUAUAAGCAUCUAAGCCAUUUUUUCAUAAUGUCAACAAUGAGCCUAGAUCAAGUUUACCUGGGGUCAUCUUGAUCUCUUCUCCAUUUUCCUUUCCAGCCUUAAGGGACUUCUUUGUGAAGCAGGUACAGUGAGCAGUCUUUCAGAAGACCCUGUACCAUCAUCAUUACAGGAGAAUCUUUUCUUGGUACUUGAAAAAAAUAGAAACAGGGUGAAAGAGAUAAACGUGAUUGACUGGUACUGAACAGUUAUUUCUGCAGAUGGGUAGUCAUUAAAAAUUUCCCUCGGUCCUGCUGUGAGGGUUUCAAAUUAGAACUCCUGGGCCAGUUCCUUGCAAUUUUGUAUCCUAGUAUUUUAUCCAUGAAGGUGAGUUGUGUUCAGUGAAUACAAGCUUCUAAAUGAAAAGUAUAUGAUUAUGAGUUCCACUUAUGCCAGCAGACUUCCUUUAUAAUUCAAUGCCAUCAUCAAAUUGUAUUUCCGAGCUCCUCCCUUACCUGAUCUUUUUUCAUCUUGUCACCCUUCCUCCCUACCUCCGUUCCUCCCGCCUUCCUUCCGUCCAUCCAUCCAUCCAUCUAGCAAAUAUUUAUUGAGCACUUACUCUAUGUCAGGUGCCGAGAAUGAAAUAAAUACAAAGAACCCUGCCUUCAAGGGUGAAAGACAGUUAAACAAGCAAAUAAAAUGAUUAUAAGUUGGAUUGAGGUCUAUAAAAUAAAGAAACAAAUAUUUGCCGAGAGAGCAAAUAGUAGGAGUGUGUGUUGAUGCUUUAGGUAGGAUUGGGCAGGAACGCCCUCCCUGGGGAAGAAACGGGAAAUGUGUGAGAGGUCAUCUGAAAGGGGCCGGGGGGGGCGGGGGGGGAAGCCAGCCCUGGAAAGGAGUUCUCUGAGCUGUUCUUCUGUCCUUCCAACCCAGUCUUCCCAGAGGCUUCCGUAGGUGAACUUGGGCAGAGCCUCUUGCAUCUUCCACUUUGUCUUCCCCAUGGCGCUUCUCUCAGAAGCUCGGUGCAUCCAUACCUGUUAAGUGGAAAGGCCUUUUGGUAGCAUCUGACAUUUCCCAGAACGUGAGCAAACUGGCACUUGGGGAAAAGAGGGGAUAUGGAAAAGAAGGGUACUCUGGAGGAUACUUUUUGAGUUUCUUAACCACUUUCAUGAUAUUCAUUAAUUACCUCAUUGUAAGGCUUUCACUCAGCAUUCAAAGCAUAGUCGUAGUAAUUCCAGGUGGAUACCUUUAAAAAUCAAACUGUACAAGGAAAGACUUUUUUAACAAAUAAAGGGAGCCUUCAUUCUUGGGUGUUUUCCUGCUACUUUGGGGGACAUUAUUUAUGUACACUAUAUUACAUAUGGUUAUACAUAUUAUAAUAUGUUAUACAGUAGUGGUUCCCAGGCCUGACUUCACAUUGGUUUUUUGUGAGACUCUUUAAAAAUAUGGAAUUUAAAACCAUACCCUUGGAGAGUCUCAUUCAAUUAUUUGUUUGGGGAAAGAUUUUUGACGUUCAUUUUUUAAAAUACUCCUGUGUUGAUUUUAAGGAGAUGGAGUGAGGAGAAGGGUCCCCAGCUGCUUCUGAUAGGAAUACAGGUUUGGUACCAUGGGCUGGGAUCCUAAUGAAACAUUUGAAGGCUGGGUAAAUGCUUCCUAAAGUGUAUGUAGAAGGUAUUUCCUGGGUCACUGUGGUACUUGGCACAUAGUAAGUCCUCAUAUGUUUGAGUUCGCUGAGAAGAGCAAUGACUAUGAAAAGAAAAGAUAGAAGAAAAUGAUGUGCUUUGGGGGCAGUAAAACAUUUGAUAUCCAAAUAAAAUAAGAAUUCUGACUGUGAUGAAACAGUGGCUCUACUUUUCUUCAGCCGAGUUUCAGACAGGAUAAGUAAAACCUCUUAUCUCUUCUCUAACUUGUUUGACAUGGUGAUUGAAUUUUUCCUUCCAGAAAGAUUGCAAGGCCCAAAUUUAGUUAAAAAAAAAAAAAAAAAAAAAAAAAAGGAAAAAAAAAAAAGAGAAAAAGUUGGCUGUCACUUGGGUGUUUGAUAGUUUUAAGUUCCAUUUUAGUUAAGGGUGUCUUUGAAAAAAGGUCAGUAAAAAUUCUGAUGAGUCUAGUUGAUUUGCUGGAAUUUGGGUCAAGGAGUAGUAAUUAAGAUUUGAAAUGUAUUAGAGUACAGAUAGUGUUUUUAUUCUCUGUUCAUUGUUACAUUGUAAAAAAUAUUAUUUUUCCUUUUUCUCUGCUACCAAUUCUUAGUGUGUGUUUAAAUUUUAAGGUUUUUGUAUAUAUGGGUGUGUGAGUGUGUGUGUAUACAUGUACAUUUAUAUAUGUAUAUGCACUUAGGAUACACAUCUGAGAAGUACAGGUGUGAACAAGAGAGUUGCUUACAUAUUAUAGAUUAAUUAAUUUUAAACAUACUUAUUGAACAUCACCUUUGGACUGUUUAUUCUACUAGGUUCUAGGGAUACAAUGCUAAACCAAACAGACAUACUUCCCUUUCCUUAGAAGAUACUUGUUGAAUAAUUACAUGAUUAUUUGAGGGGCAGUAUUGCAGAAAUGUAUGUGAUGUUUUGUGAAUUUUGUAGAUGGUUUCAGAUGUGUAAGUCAAACUUUAUUCCAUUUGUUGGUGGGUUAUUUCAUUGCUAUGUUUUGGAAGAUUCCCCAAGAACACUAGUAAAAGAUAGAUAUUUCUGAAGUGCCAUGAAGAGGUUGAACACAUGCCCCUUAAAGGUAAUCUUAUUUAAACACUUACAUAAAUGGUCAAUGGAUAGCCUUCUUGGGAUGGUAGAUUGUCCAGGACAAAAUAUCAGGUGAUGUCAUUGGCUGAAUGUGCCAGGGGAGCAUUUGGCACCACAUUGUGUUCCUGCUGGAAUGGCUGGAAUUGAUACCAUUGGUUUCAUGGUCAACACUUGAGAGUCCGCAGAGGAUACAGAUUUUCCCUAUGUGUAAGCAUGUAAUAAAUCAGGGUUUCAGUUCUAAAACUUACCGGGUACCUUGUAACUUAAUGCAGCUUCAGAUAGUGUCCAAGGCGGGAGAGAGUACAGCUUGGUCUUUCAAAACAUAAUCCCUUAGCGGUCCUGAUAUAGUCAUUUCCUAUUCUCCCUAUUUUCUUUGAUCUUCCAAUUUCUUUAUCUUUUUUUUUUUUUCCACUUUGUUGCAUUUCCACUGGUUCUCUAGAUUGGCCAGCGUGCAUCCAAGAUAGACAGUUCUGACCACAAUCAUAAUCAUAAGAGCUGUUUUUUAAUUGAAAGCUUACUCUGUGUCAUAGACACUGUGCCAUAUGCAUUCCAUAUACUGUCUCCUUCAGUUCUAGCAGUAACUCCUGGCAUCACCAUUUAUAAUUUCCCCUUUCUCAGGUGGAGAAACUGGGGCAUGGAAUUUAGUAAAUUUGCACAAGGUCACAGAAUGGGUAAGUGAUUGGGAUUUGAACCUGAGUAAGUUUACAUUAGAGCCCUAUGCUCUCGAUUUUUAUGCUGUUCUGUGCUAGAGGCAGGAGAAGAGAGGUGUGAAGUAGGUUAGUAAGGAAAAUAGUCAAGCAUUGUAGUCAUCUGUUUACUCUAGUUCCCUGCACAAUACCCUGUACAUACAAAGUACUCAAUAACUAUUGUUAAUGAUUGCAGUUACUGCAUCAGGGACCUGGAUUCCCCCCACCCCCAUGUUUUCUAUUAAUUGGUCUUUAGGUUUUUACAAGUAAUCUACCUACUUUUACCCACUUCUCCCCACUUUGUCCCUUCUUGCCUCACUCCCACCCCCACCCCCACCCCCAGUAAAGAAUCAUCACCUCCUACCAGGACUAUUGCAGUGGCCAAUCUUUGCUUCUCCUCUAAGUGGUUCUCAAUAUAGCAGCCAGAGGGACCUUUCUAAAAAUUCAAAUCUGAGACCAUCACUUUCCUGCCUCCAACCUUCCAGUGGUUUCCCUGAUCAUCUUAGAACAGAAUCAGUGACCCUUCCUUGGCUUCCAAGAUCCUGACAGUCGUGUUCUAGCCAGUGCUUUAGUCUCAGAAAUGCCCUGGUUUCCCUUUCUCUCUCCUCCAGCCGCAGUGGAUCUUCCCUUUUAACUCCCCAUCUCAGGAUUCUUGUGAAUAUUGUUAAGACUGUUCAGAAGACUCUUCUCCCACACCCCCUCCAUACCUGGACCCUCUACCUACUACCUCCAGUCACAUCUAAGCCCAGAGGUCCCUGCCUAAGUCAAGCCUUUUCUGUCCCUUGCAUUUUAAGCUUUCCCAGAUCCUUGUAGCAGUUAUCACAAUCUCAUUAUUUAUUUGAGUGAUCAUUUAAUACACUAGACUGUAAACUCCAAGAAUUUACACAGUGCCUGGGAUAUAGUAGGUGUUCCAUCUGUAUGUAUUCAACAAAAGAAAAACGAAUGAAACAUGAACAAAGAAUAAACAGAGUCAGAAAUAGUUUGCCUGAGAGUCCUGCCUAGGUAUUUUCUCUUAUUAAAGGGAAAUUUUAAAAAAAUUCAUUACAGUGUGAAUUUUGAAGUUGAGAAUAGCUUAUAGAGAUUGCAUUGCAUUCCAACCAUUUACUUUGGAGACAGGCUCUUAGGCACAGAGAGGUGAAGUAAAUUGCCCAGGGGGCACAGCUAGUCCAUGUCAGUUGUCUUUGUUCUGACCUUUGCAUUGUAUGGGGAGAGAAACAGGCAUGUUUUCUUAACUCUGCCGGGCAGCUUUGGUGUGCUGUGUCUGUAGGAGCUGCAUCAGUAUUUGAUAAUAUCAGUGUUAUUAUGUCAUAAUUUUUAAACUGUCUUUUGAGAACAUGUUAUUGUCUUUUUUUCUUGUUGUAUAUCAGUGUGUUUAGGAUUUAGUUGGGUGACAGCCUAAGAAUACAUAGAGGUAUGGCCUAAAGAUGCCACAAGAGAUAGUGUCUGAGGGUAAGGAAUGCCUUUGGGAUCUCUAGGCUGUCAGCAGGAGAGCAUGUAAGCAAUCAGGCUCCAAUUCCAAAAAUGCCAGUACACGGAUGCAAAGCAGCUAGAGGUGUGUGGGGACCUGAGGCCGGAGAACUCCCCAGUUGCGAAGGGGUACAAGCCAUCCCAUAAGCCUCCUAGAUUAGGUAGUUCCUCUAAGUGUUAAAAAUUUACUGGUAGGUGAAAUUACCUGUGCUUUCACAACCUCUAACAACAUGCAGCUGCUGCAAGCCCCCGCUGCUGGUCCCUGCGCUCAGGAGGGCUAAGUAAGCAUACUGAGGUGUCGCCCAGGCUGCUGGGUUGGAUUUCUGGCAGUGCCUGGGUCCUCGCCUAGCCCCCUUUGCAGGGUGAGGCAGCGUUUUUUGUCCUGCAGGUACAGUAGGUACUGGAUUAAACAGGUCUGCCAUUGCAGACAGACACCAGGCACCGUUGUAGCACGAGCUGUGUUUGGAUUGGAGUUUCCAGGGCCUUAUCAGGAGCCACCCCUAGUGACACAGCCAGUGCCAGAACUAACUUUGACUUUCACUCUUCGCCAAGGGCUUGCAGAACACCUUAAAGGAAAAAAAAGAUGGAGGCGCUUAGAGUUCAGAUGUUCAUGCCCUGUUCCUUUGAAAGCUUGUAUCUGAAAACAAAACAUCCAAACAUCAGAAUCAUCUAUCUGGCAUAGAAAUGUAGAACAACUUUCAAAUCAACACUUUCAAAGAAAUGCUAAAAUGGAGAAAUGCAGUUCCGAGGAGCAUCCUGGGGCCUCCAAGCCUCCGAUAAGCUCCUCCAGUAUGACAUCACGCAUCUUGCUACGCCAGCAACUCAUGCGUGAGCAGAUGCAGGAGCAGGAACGCAGGGAGCAGCAGCAGAAGCUGCAGGCGGCCCAGUUCAUGCAACAGAGAGUGCCCGUGAGUCCGACACCAGCCAUAAACGUCAGCGUGCCUACCACACUCCCCUCCGCCACCCAGGUGCCCAUGGAAGUCCUUAAGGUGCAGACCCACCUCGAAAACCCCACCAAGUACCACAUACAGCAAGCCCAAAGGCAGCAGGUAAAGCAGUACCUUUCUACCACUUUAGCAAAUAAACAUGCCAACCAAGUCCUGAGCUUGCCAUGUCCAAACCAGCCUGGCGACCAUGUCAUGCCACCGGUGCCGGGGAGCAGCGCACCCAACAGCCCCAUGGCUAUGCUUACACUUAACUCCAACUGUGAAAAAGAGGGAUUUUAUAAGUUUGAAGAACAAAACAGGGCGGAGAGCGAAUGCCCAAGUAUGAACACGCAUUCACGAGCGUCGUGCAUGCAGAUGGAUGAUGUAAUCGAUGACAUCAUUAGCCUAGAAUCAAGUUAUAAUGAAGAAAUCCUGGGCUUGAUGGAUCCUGCCUUGCAAAUGGCGAAUACGUUACCCGUCUCUGGAAACUUGAUUGAUCUUUAUGGAAACCAAGGCCUGCCACCCCCAGGCCUCACCAUCAGCAACUCCUGUCCAGCUAACCUUCCCAACAUCAAAAGGGAGCUCACAGCAUGCAUUUUUCCCACAGAGUCUGAAGCGAGAGCGCUGGCCAAAGAGAGGCAAAAAAAGGACAAUCACAACUUGAUUGAACGAAGAAGAAGAUUUAACAUAAAUGACCGCAUUAAGGAACUAGGUACUUUGAUUCCCAAGUCAAAUGAUCCAGACAUGCGCUGGAACAAGGGAACCAUUUUAAAAGCCUCCGUGGAUUAUAUCCGAAAGUUGCAACGGGAACAGCAACGCGCAAAAGAGCUUGAAAACAGACAGAAGAAGCUGGAGCACGCCAAUCGGCAUUUGUUACUCAGAAUACAGGAACUUGAAAUGCAGGCUCGAGCUCAUGGACUUUCCCUCAUCCCAUCCACGGGUCUCUGCUCUCCAGAUUUGGUGAAUCGGAUCAUCAAGCAGGAACCUACCCUGGAGAACUGCAGCCAAGACCUCCUCCAGCAUCACGCAGACCUGACAUGUACAACCACCCUGGAUCUCACAGAUGGCACCAUCACCUUCAACAACAACCUCGGAACCGGGUCUGAGGGCAACCCAGCCUAUAGCGUCCCCACGAAAAUGGGAUCCAAACUGGAAGACAUCCUCAUGGAUGAUACUCUUUCUCCUGUUGGCAUAACUGACCCACUUCUUUCUUCGGUGUCCCCCGGAGCAUCCAAAACCAGCAGCCGAAGGAGCAGUAUGAGCAUGGAAGAAACCGAGCAUGCUUGCUAGCAAAUUCUCCCUGCUCUGCAUUCUCACAAACUGCUUCCUUUCUUGAUUAGCAGAUUUAAUAAUUUACCUGAAGGGGUUUUCUUGAUCAUUUUCCUUUAAUAUGAAAAAAAUUUUUUUUCAUGCUUUAUCAAUAGCCCAGGAUAUAUUUUAUUUUUAGAAUUUUGUGAAACAGACUUGUAUAUUCUAUUUUACAACUACAAAUGCCUCCAAAGUAUUGUACAGUCUUGUACAGUAUCUGUGACCUGAAUUCACCCCAGACUUUGGCUUUCAGAGCAAGAGGAUUUUUGCAUCUGAGAAAUUUCUGUCCAUUUUUAUUCAGGGUAAAUUUGGUUUGCGAUUUGUAUGCCUGUGACUUCCUUGGAAAUUAAAUGUAAAAUUUAAUUGAAAGAAUGUAAAGCAACCAAAAAAAAAAAAAAAAAAAGAGAGAGAGAGAGAGAGAGAAGGGGGAUGGGGAAGAAAAGAAGAAAAAGAAAUCCAUACUAACUCUUUUCCGUUUUGUAAAUGUAUUGAUUCAGGGGUACUGCCUUAAAGAUACAGUACCCUUUUAGCAUCAUUUAGUCUUUAUACUGCAAACUAUUUAAAGAAAUAGUAUAUUCCAUAAAAGAAAAAAAAAUGCAACCAUUUUCAUGUGGAUUGUCUGGUUAGAAGACAUAACUGAUACCUUAGGUGCAGCUGCAAUGGAAGGGAGAUUUAGACCAAGGCUCUGAAACAUGGGGUCACAUCUUGCUCUUGUUCACUCUGUGCUCUGUUACAAUUUUCCUCAUCAAUGAGUAUGAUUCAGUUUUUCAUAAGAUAUAUUUUAUUUCGAAGGGGAAAUUCAUGUCCUUUCAAAGUAAAAUGUUGAGGAGCACUGAAAGUUUUCCUUUUUUUUUCUCUUUGAUUUCGCUUUUGAUAAGAAAACCAAACUGGGCACAUUUCUAAUUGGCUUUACUAUUUUUAUUUUUAAAUUAUGUUGUAAUGUUCAUUUGAUUUGUACAGAUUCUUUAUUAUCAUCGUUCUUUUCAAUAUGUUUGUAUUAAUUUGUAAGAAUAUGCAUCUUUAAAUGGCAAGUUUUCAAUAUUUUUACAACUCACUGGUGGUUUUCCGCAUUCUUUGUACACACAUGAAAGAAAACUUUUAUGCAAGGUCUUGCGUUUAAAGAGAGCUUUGUGAAUAUUUUGUAUAUUUCAAUCUCACGCAGAACCGUUUUUCCACACAUUUAAGGUGUAGUCUUAAUAGGUUAAAACCGGCUUUCUAGAGAGACAACUUACAUAUUUAUUUUUUAGUGAUAUAAAACUAGCAAUAUUCUUGGAGACUGAUAACCAUAGCGUUAAUAUGCCUGUUAUGGUCAUUUCAAUUGGGGUUUAUUUCAGCAAACCUGCUGAAUUUUUUUUUUUAAAGAGAGAAAUACUGUAUUGGCAAAUUACUGUUACUUGAUAACAAUGUUUUAACAAGCAGCAAUGUUGUAAAGUUAGUUUCAGUGCAUUAUCUACUUGUAUAGUCCUAUGCAAUAACAGUAGUGUUACAUAUAUUCUAUUCAGGCCUAGAUGUUUUAUACAGAUGACAUAUAGUGUUAAGAGGCAGGCCGUUGAAUGGAAUUUCUCAGUGGCAGCCUACAGUUGAAUAGCAAGCAGCGUAAAGCAUAUCCAUUCAGAAUGAAGUGCCUUAAAUAUAGCAGUAGUCUUUAGCACUGACUGAACUGUAAUGUAGGAGAAAGUUUCAAGAUGGUAUCUAUAAUCAAGAGGAACAUGUAGCAUGGUGCCUACGUAGACAUUAUAAGAGCUUCCAAUUUUCCUUCAGAUAUUUUUAAUAUGAAAUAUAUUUUAGUGACAGAGUGCCAACUUCUUUCAUCAGGAAACUUUAUUCAGGAGGGUUUUUUUCUUUCUUUUUUGUUAAGAAAAACAGUUUAAAUGUCAAAUGUGAAUUGGAGAUGGGUGUUGGAGGGCUCAGAGAGAAGGAGUGAUUGUCAGAUGUAUGAACGGAUGGCAUACGUGGAAAUAAUCAACUGCAUAGUUCCCAUGGACAUUGCGCAAUGAGAAUUCCUGGAAACAUUGAUGAUGCUAUCAGUUUUAUAGCUUUAUGACUCAAGGGGGUAGGGAAAAUUAGUUCCCAUUCUUUCAACCCCCUUAAUUGUAUAACUCUUUUCCUAGAAUAGUGAUGCGAAUCUGCAUGAACAGCUAAUUGUACCAUAGUGUUCAUUGAUACAAUCAUAGCAUUGUCUGUUUUUCUCUUCAUAUUUAUAUGGGGGGAGGGGAGCCAGGCACAGAAGUCGAAGAUUGCGAUGGUCUGAUACUAGUUUUCUAUAGCUGAUUUUGAGAGGUCUUAAGCAACAGAGCAAGGUUGACUCACCUAUGGCCCAGGGAAUUUGGCUGGGUUAAGCCACCCUUUAGAAGGCCUUGUUGAAAGAAAGCAUGGCAUCUUGUACCACUUGCCCGGACUCUCGCAACUCCUGAGCUCAACAUCGCCUGCUUCCCUAUCCCCUUCUUCUUGAGAGACAAUUUCUGGGAGGAGACAAGUGAGCAAGCUCAGGAGAAUGCUGCAACCUCGGGAGUGGUUUUAUUUAUUUCUUUUUUGCCAAAUAGAGUGUGGAUGUGUUCUAGGGACUAGCUAAGCCAAAAGGCGGUGGUUUGGGCUCACUGUAUGUGACAAGGAAAAUGGUCCACACCACUCCCCCCACCCCUGGGUGCGGAAUUGUGACUCAGGGUUGGGCCUCCACAUGGAGUGACCAAAAUGCCAAACUUGUCCACCCGCCUCUGGGUAAGGCAAUGGAAAUACCAAACCUUCUGACUUUGCCAAAAACCAUGCAACCAACCUGGUCAUACAUAGGAUGACAAAAUUCUUUCUGGUUGUUUUAAAAAUAAUAAAGCAAUAAGAACAAAUAAGAUACAUAGGAAAUUAAAAGAUGUAAAAUAAAGCACAAAGGAAUGCACUUAUUAAUUUUUUUAAAAGAUGCACUGGGAAAAAGAUGUUGAUAACAGUAUAUAAAAAAAAACCCCUGUUUCUUGAAAAAAAAAAAUGACAAAUGACUGUCUCUUGCGGACGCUUGGUACUGUAAUGUUAAUACUAGUCACCUGCUGUUGGAUGCAGCAAUAAUUUCUGUGUGGUCCAUAGCACUGUAUAUUAUGGAUCGAUAUUAAUGUAUCCAAUGAAAUAAUUGAACUGUUGUUCUUGAUAGCCUCAUUAAAGCAUUUGGUUUUUCA